AAACGCUAAAGGGGUAAACAGAUACAUUGAACCUGGACAAUGCUCAUUUUGGCGCUAUAAAAUCUCCUGCUAACUCAACGAUAAAAUCAACAUUUGCAUUUCUGUUUUUAAGUUUAGAAAAAUAAAAUAUUAGCUACUCAUUUUUUUUCAACAUCAUGUUUACCACCAUUGUUGUGCCUGCGGCCCAAACAAAGGCCUCCGCGGUGCCGGAGAGCGAGGUGCUGAGAAGAAGAAACGAGGAAUUGGAGAAGGAAUUGAAGAAGAGCAUUGAACGAGAAGAGAAAAUGAAAGAGGAAUUGAAUAAGACAUGGGAGAAGCUGAGGGUAGCGGAGGAGGCGGAGGAGCGCCUCUGUUCUCAGCUCGGAGAAUUUGAAGCAGAGGCUGUGGAUCAGGCUCGGAUCUACCGAACCAGAAUCCGUACUUUAAUGGAUCAGCUUUCGACGGCACAAAAACUUCUCCAGUCAGAUCAAAUUACCAUUCCCGAUUCUCAAUGAUCAAUUCACGGAAUUUGAUUUUCUUUCUCUUUUGUCGAUUGACAUAAAUAGUUUUUUUUUUUGUGUGUCUGUUUCUCCGUUUGAUGUUUGGCUGCUAUGUAUUGAAUGAGGCCGGUUCGGUUUGAUUUGGUUUGGCUCUAUGUAAAUGACGAGAUGAAAGAUUAAUUAGGAACUCACUGUGGUGUGUGUAUUGACUUUCUCUCCUUUCGUUUUGGAGAUGUAAUGGGAAAUUUGUGUGUACAUUUACAUUAAUUUGUUCAUUCUUCAUCAGUA